ACGUCUUUCCAUCAUUACAUUUUGGAUAGUUUUAUGUUUUAUUUAAUUCGGUAUUCUUGCUUGUUGCAGUUUUGAUUUUAAAAUAAACAUGUUUCUUAUCUUUUAAUUGUGCAAUUUUAAUUUGCGCUAAAGGAACGAGGUUUAAAAAAGAUUCUGUAGUAUUUUUACAAAAUGGAACUUUUAACAUAAUCACCGAUCCUGUAAUACUGCAGUGUUAGCCCCAAUGGCCUGGUCAUUACAACCUUCAUCUUACACCUUAGUUGAUCUAGAGUAGAUGUUGCCCUGGUCAUUGCAACCUUCAUCUUACACCUUAGUUGAUCUAGAGUAGAUGUUGCCCUGGUCAUUACAACCUUCAUCUUACACUUUACAUGAUCUAGAGGAGACGUUGCCCUGGUCAUUACCAACCUUCAUCUUACACUUUAGAUGAUCUAGAGUAGACGUUGCCCUGGUCAUUACAACCUUCAUUUUACAGUUUAUAUGAUCUAGAGUAGAUGUUGCCCUGGUCAUUACAACCUUCAUUUUACAGUUUAUAUGAUCUAGAGUAGACGUUGCCCUGGUCAUUACAACCUUCAUUUUACACUUUCUAUGAUCUAGAGUAGACGAUGCCCUGGUCAUUACAACCUUAAUCUUACACCUUAGAUAAUCUAAAGUAGACGUUGCCCUAGUCAUUACAACCUUCGUCUUACACUGUAGAUGAUCUAGAGUAGACGUUGCCCUGAUCAUCUUACACUUUAGAUGAUCUAGAGUAGACGUUGCCCUAAUCUAGAGUAGUGUACUUGGUUUUCACCUUCAAUUAGCAAAGGCAAAUUACAUAAUGUUGUUUAACUGAUGUGAUAUCUUUAAGUGGACCUUCUAUAAUUGUUAAUUUUGUUCUUAUAUACAGACCAUUUCAUCAUAUAAUCAAAAACUAUUCCAGUCUUGUGAAGUGCUAGAAAUGUAAAACGUUGUUUACUUAAAGACUGAAGUUGCCUUAAUUAAUAAAUCUCCUAGAAUUUAAUUUAUGUACAUAAAUACUCAAGAGCGCACCAAUAUUGUUAUAACAUAAUUUUUAUUUAAUUCGAAGGUAAUUAGGUAAAAGCCUCUAUUCCAGAACACCUUUAUUCGUGGAUCCAUUCAGAGAGUUAAAACUACCUUUGAAAAUUUCCUUCCGAACAGAAAACCUCAGUAUUAAAAAAAUAUACACGUGCGGUUUGAUUAUCUCUCCGUAAUCAAACUUGAUAGUUACGUAAUGGGGAAAUAAUUACCGUUCUAAUUUAGCGAGUGAAUCAGCCACCACGUAUAGCUUUAUAAUCUAAAACAGUUCAUUAGUUUGACGCCGAAACUUCCUCCUGAAUAGCUACAAUGGACUUUUAAGUAAUAAGUGAUGCCUCUGAAACUUAAAUACUGCAGGGUUUAAUCAUAAACCGUGUGGAUUAACUUUAUUCGUGUACAAGACAUCCAUACAAUAUUCCAUUGUAAACUAAUGUAUUCAAGCAUCACUUACAGAAUUACGUAAUUAAGUUUGGGGUGAUUAAUAAUACCGUUAUAAUAUUAUACUGUGCUUUCUUACAUUUGAGUAACAUUUUGACACAGCCUUAUCUACUUAGGAUUUUACAAUUAUUUAGACUUAUAGGAAAUGUUCGAUUUUGUAUGAGAGUAUAAUCCUUCGAGAGACCUAUUAGACGUCUUUGAUACAAGUGAUUUUAUCAGUCUUUGAUAUCCAUUGAGCGUUAUAAUAAAAAUAACAUAAUAAUUGAUAUUUCAUCGUGUCUGAACGAAGCUUUAGCAAGAUCUAGAAACGGGAAAUUAGCAACAGUGUCCAAACGUUGACCUAGACUAUUCAAAUAGCUCACACCUGUGUCCGCCCACUCUUGUACCGCAGAAUUGUCACCUGAGCAGGACAAAGUAAUUACUAGAGGCCCGUGACUGAUUAGCGGGUUGGCGCGAGAUGGAAGGUCGGGUAGACCAGCAGCGGCAGGCCCAGUCGGUAAUGGCCAAUGGUAGAGUGCGCGCGAUGAAGGAGUUGAACUUGAACUUGAACCACGGACCCUCGGGAGCCGGGGUGUACACUCCCACCCCCUACACCCCCUCACCACCCGGCACCCCCCCCUGAGGAUGGCUCCGAGGGUGUUCUCUCCCGCCAACCGACUCAGCUGCACAUCCUCACCCAGCAACAGCUCAUUGACGACGAAGACCUCUCCUCCUGCACCUCCUACUCGGGGACGAUCAGCGAAUCCGGGACUCACUUCAGGCCGAGGAGGGACUACUGGGCCAACAAACUCCAGUUCAUCCUCGCCUGCGUGGGCUACAGCGUCGGCCUCGGCAACCUCUGGCGCUUCCCAUACCUCUGCUACAAGAGUGGAGGAGGUCAAUAUUCUUGUCAUGUGUGUACACUUGAGUACUAGCCCUGUCGCGAUCUUAGAGACAAACAGAGACAGGGAACCAAACUCGAGUUCAUCCUAGCUUGCGUGAGCCUCGGCAACCUCUGGCGCUUCCCCUACCUCUGCUACAAGAGUGGAGGAGGUCAAUAUUCCUGUCAUGUGUGUACACUUGAGUACUAGCCCUGUCGCGAUCUUAGAGACAAACAGAGACAGGGAACCAAACUCGAGUUCAUCCUAGCUUGCGUGAGCCUCGGCAACCUCUGGCGCUUCCCCUACCUCUGCUACAAGAGUGGAGGAGGUCAAUAUUCUUGUCAUGUGUGUACACUUGAGUACUAGCCCUGUCGCGAUCUUAGAGACAAACAGAGACAGGGAAUCAAACUCGAAUUCAUCCUAGCUUACGUGGGCCUCGGCAACCUCUGGCGCUUCCCCUACCUCUGCUACAAGAGUGGAGGAGGUCAAUAUUCUUGUCAUUUCUUUCCCGGCUACGUUGUUGCUCCCGUCGUUAUACAUUACACAAAAUAAGCUCUACUGAAUAUAAAGCUAGUCAGAAUAUAUUAUUAGGCUUUACAACAACAUUGUUAUCCACCGUCGUAAUUACUCGACAUAAUAAUUGUCUCCCGAUACUGAGAAUUGGAGUUAAUGUUUAGAACAUGUUAGUGGGUUCGGGACAACACGGAGGAUGAUGGAUACAUGCCAAGAAGGGUGAACCAGUUAUCGUGCUUGAUAGUUUAUAACCCAACAUAUUUGAGCAUUUAGUCUACGAGCGAUCCACUUUGUCCUAACUAUUUGUAGAGUACCUCAACGAACAGGACUUCAGCCGCGCCAGAGUAAAACCAUAUUCCCAAGUCUUUUGUAACGGUCCACUAGAGGAAGAAAGACACAAUGGACUGUAACCCACGCCCUCACGAAGCUGUACCACUGACGAACCGUUGAAUGAAGGUCAACCGUUACAUCCAAGAUUUAUUGUUUUGUUCAACCAUUCUACGACCUUGUGAUGGACGGACAGGUGUCUUACUGCUUGCUAAUCAAGCCUAAGAAGUAAAUGCACCCGUCCGUCAGCCGGAGAUGGACACUUCAGAGAUCUUUCAAAGCCCCAAGAGGUACAAAAUGUCUGUUGAUACUUUCGAGAGUACUCUUGCAAAACCCCAAGAGGUAUAAAAUGUCUGUUGAUACUUUCGAGAGUACUCUUGCAAAACCCCAAGAGGUAUAAAAUGUCUGUUGAUACUUUCGAGAGUACUCUUGCAAAACCCCAAGAGGUACAAAAUGUCUGUUGAUACUUUCGAGAGUAGCCUACUCUUGCAAAACCCCAAGAGGUACAAAAUGUCUGUUGAUACUUUCGAGAGUACUCUUGCAAAACCCCAAGAGGUACAAAAUGUCUGUUGAUACUUUCGAGAGUACUCUUGCAAAACCCUAAGAGGUACAAAAUGUCUGUUGAUACUUUCGAGAGUACUCUUGUAUAUUACCGACCACAAUUAAUGGGAUAGUUAAUAUAUAACGGUGAAAAAUUAUAUCUCUAUUGGCUUUAUACCAUUUAUGGUGGUAUAUGACUUUAAUACUUUAUUUUUUAAUUAAAACAAGACCUUUUGACACACCACCAGAGCAGUGCUAUCAAUGUCUAUUGUGGACCGUGGGACAGUAUCCUUUCUGGUAUUUACACCUCUCUGUUGACUGGCACAGAAAUAAUAUAAUGUCAUGACUCUCAACAGGCAAAUACCUACGACUCCGUGGCAAAGAGGACUAACGAUCAAACAAAUUACGAAAUGUGUUCGGUUCUCGGUUACCUUGACGAAGACUCGUCUUGUGUCUGUUUCUAAAUGAACCAUCCAACCUUGAGUAUUCUGAAAACUCAUUAUCCCUUGACGGCCAGAUCCAAUGUUCCUAGCCGAGAAAGAACCACAUUUAUUAUGUUGCUUCUGGUGCUAGCGUUCUGGGGUCUAUAUUGAAAGAGUCAUAAUGUGCUAAGGGGAGAGUCAUAUAACAGGAUCGAGAAUACAGGGUGAGUCAGAAGACGAGUCAGAACGUCUGAGAUGAAAGUGACCCGCGACGCUUUGCAAAUGGCGGCAAUUACCUAAACCCACGUGACCACUAAAACUGGUUGUGAACCACAACGCUUUAACGACGUGAAGAUUGUAGACUCGCGUCUCUGUCUCGAGGCCUCGGCUUAAGUGUAAUAGAUCAUGUUCAGUGCUUGUAGCGAUUUGGUCAGUUUGACCGAUGGCCGCAGGCCGAAUGUAUGUAUUUACGUGCAGAAUCUCCCUCGCCCUCCUAUAUAAAGGGUCUUGUAAGGUACAAACCACUAGAGGGGGUUUUAUGGAUAAGAAAAAUAACGUUAGGGUUUCAAUAAAAAAGUCCACAUUCGAUUCGAUGAUUUUACAAAAUGGCUAACAAAUGUUAAAAACUAAAUAUGUGCUGUGUGGUAUUCUAAUCUUCAGUGCGUGAAAACUAGAAUACAUAUAUCAGACAAUAUUUAUUUACUAACAUAUUCUUUCUAUAUCUAACACAACCAACCAUUUUGAUGGCUUACUUAACUGUGAUUUGGACUGGUAAUCACGUGAUCUAGAUAGCUGGAGAUCACUUUUAGGGGUCGUUUGAGGUUAGGACGUUUGUAGAUGAGGGUGGUUUGAGGCUAGGGUUUUUUUGGGUGAGGAUGGAUAGAGACCAUGGCGUUUGUAGUGAUGAUGGUUUGAGGCUAAGGUGUUUGUGGGUUAGAAUGAUUUAAGGCUAGGACAUUUGUAGAUGAGACUGGUUUGAGGCUAGGAUGUUUUGGGUGAGGAUGGAUAGAGACCAUUGCGUUUGUAGUGAGGUUGGUUUGAGGCUAAGGUGUUUGUAGGUGAGAAUGAUUUAAGGCUAAGACGUUUGUAGAUGAGGGUGGUUUGAGGCUAGGGUGUUUUGGGUGAGGAUGGGUAGAGACCAUGGCGUUUGUAGUGAUGAUGGUGUGAGGCUUAAGUGUUUGUGAGUGAGGGUGGUUUGAGGCUAGGGAGUUUGUGGGAUAGAUGGAUUGAGGGUGUUUGUGGAGAGGAUAGAGUGAGGGGUGUUUCGAGAUAAGGAUCGAUUUGAGGCUGAGAUGUUUUCAAGUGAGGAUGGUUUGAGACUAGGGUGUUUGUGGGAGAGAUGGAUUAAGGGGUGUUUAUGGAGAGGAUAGAGUGAGGGGUGUUUCGAGAUAAGGAUCGAUUUGAGGCUAAGAUGUUUUCAGGUGAGGAUGGUUUGAGACUAGCGUUUUAUUGUUGGGGACUUUUUGUAGCUAGAGAGAACAGAAUUAUUAAGAUGAAAUUCACUCACUAAAGAGGUCUCUUGAAUCUAGAUUAAAAGUUUAGGUUUCAUUAAAUUAAAGAAUUAUAGGAAACUAUAAUUUCAUUACUAAAUUAUUCUUUAAGUGUCACAAAUUGUCAUGCUUUUGUGAAACUUUGAACAUACUUUAUUAAUUUAGGCGAUUGAUUAGCGCUGGUAGGACUUGGUUUUGGUCGUAGUUGACUGUUCAUGCGAUUUUCGGUAGCCAGCUUUAUUAUAAACCGAUAUUUUGGUGGUUGCAAUCCCACGUAAACCUCUAACACGGAGUGACUUCCAAUUACUUAGUCAUACUUUAUUCAUGUCCACCAUAAAAUACGUAAAUCUCAGAAGAUGGUAGUUACUGAUCAUACCUUUUCUCAGAGGAAUCAAUUCCUUGUCAUCAACAGGUAUCAGCUUGGUUUUUGCCUACAUGCAUAAGACUGCGAUACAUGUCUACAAGAACUAAUUUAAUUUAGUUACUUAUGCAAAUAUUUUUACUUGGAACGUUUCGCGUCAUUAAUGAUUGACGAUAAUUACUCACGGGGCUCUGACGCACAGCGCGAGCAAUGUGAUCACUAAGUACUAACCAGAAUCUGUAAAUCAUUUCUCGUAAAACGAGCAAUAAAUGUCAAAACAAUCGCAAAAGCUCGCUGCAUUGAUACCGUUACUGAUAACCGAAUGUGAGUCAUCCUCAUUGUGUGUGCUCUGUCGCAAUCGUCAUACAUGAGCUACAUGUUCAGAGAAACUACAGUAUUAGUUAAUGUUUGUCUUAGGUACAGUUAUACUUAAUCCAGGAGUACCCUCAUUUUCCCAUAGCAACUGAAUUCAUCAUUUUCCCACUAACAGGUUGAAUUCAUCAUUUUUACCCUAACAGCUGAAAUUCAUCAUUUCCCCUAACAGGCUGA